GAGCCACGGGCACACGGUGGAGACUUGAACGAAAACGGGGGAAGCUCGCUCAAGAACCGGCUGGGCUGACGUCGGGAGCUCAGUAUGUCACAAUACAAAUGCUGAGCCUGGAACCUAAACACUCGUAUAUCCCCCUGAGCGGCAGCAGUUGACGGCCACGCCCCGUAUCUUCCGACCGGAGCCCAAAGAAAAGUGCCGGCGGCGGCGCUACGGUUUGAAAGCCAGCAGGGCGACGAGCGGGCUCACAGUGGAGAGGAAGCCGGAGUGUUGGCUGUUAGUGAACCAUGAGAGAGUAUAAAGUAGUGGUUCUAGGAUCCGGCGGGGUUGGAAAAUCCGCCCUAACCGUCCAGUUCGUGACGGGAUCUUUCAUAGAGAAGUACGACCCCACGAUAGAGGAUUUCUACAGGAAGGAGAUCGAGGUGGACUCCUCUCCGUCCGUCCUGGAGAUCCUGGACACGGCGGGGACCGAGCAGUUCGCCUCCAUGCGAGACUUGUACAUCAAAAACGGCCAGGGUUUCAUCCUGGUCUACAGCCUGGUGAACCAGCAGAGUUUCCAGGACAUCAAGCCGAUGAGAGAUCAGAUCAUUAGGGUGAAAAGGUACGAGAGAGUGCCGAUGAUUCUUGUGGGAAACAAAGUGGACCUGGAGGGGGAGAGGGAGGUGUCGUCUGGUGAAGGGAAGGCACUGGCGGACGACUGGAACUGCCCGUUCAUGGAAACUUCAGCCAAAAACAAAAGCUCUGUGGACGAACUGUUCGCGGAGAUAGUCCGACAGAUGAACUAUGCCUCCACAACAAAUGGCGACGACCAGUGCUGCUCGUCCUGUGUCAUUCUUUAAGGAAAUGGACAACUAUUAAGUUUUAUUCUUUGCCCGGUUUUAAGUUUGCAAUGUGUGUUGCAGCAAGCGUGUACUUUUGAGCUCUUCUUCGUGUCUCACCCUGGCCUUGGAGGAAAAUGAAGGGAGGAAUGCUGCAGGGGGACGAGAGGAGGAGGGAGGGGGGGGCUGAGACAGAGGGAGGGAUCCACUCUUCAGGAAUUCUGCUGGGCUGGAGUAUCUUUGCUGCACGAUCUGUGUCCACCAUUGAUGUCAGAUCCAGAGUUUCUGCAGCAACCCCCUCGCCAAGCGCCAACUGUUCUCCCGAACGGAACUAAACCCCAUUGGAAAAGAUAUGGAGAGCAACACUUACUCAUAAAAGGUUAUUUCUGUAUACGAAGAAGAUGGCGAGGGGAGAGAGUAUAUUUUGUUAAAUAACUGCACAGUCUGGGGCAGGUAAAGAUUUAGGCGAUAUCUCUGCCUAACCCAACUUGGAGCACAACACUCCAAAUCCUAUUUUUCUCCAAAGUCAAAAGAAAUUGACACAUUUAUCUGCUGGUGGAGUACUCAUGAUGCGUGCCAUUCUUUUUUUUUCUUCUUCUUCUUCUUUUUUUUUCCCUCUCCUUCAUUGCCUCUUCAGUGUGUGAGAGGACCUUAACUGAAGGGACAUGGGGACGGCGACCCGAUCGCCCUUGUGUCGAGUGCCUUUCCAAAACAAAUCAGCUGUUCAGAUUUAGUGCCAAUCUACACUUAUCACCAAAAGAACUCAUCAUUCAUCAUGGCAAUCUACAAACCUGUUAACUAAUCUUCUGGAUAAUCCUAUAAAGGUGGAGGCUAAAAAAAAAAAAAAGACAGUAGUAUUUUUGUGAAUGGAAUGGCGUUUUUCUGUAUGUUUUUACGUUGGCCUUUUUGAAGUCUAAGGUGUUAACUUUGCAAUGUCUGCUCGGUCUGGCUAAACCUAUAUCUUGACAUGAACAGGUACUGGAACCCCAUCGACGUGAUAACGUCGUCAAAGGCUUACCUGCCGGACAACUUAAAUCAAAGGAAUUCUGUUUGUUUUGUUUACUUUGUUGUUUUUAACAGGAAAUGUGAUGAUGUACCGUUGACAAAUCUAACCUGAUUGUAAGAAUAACAUCAGACCAGCCAUUUACAAUGGGCUGUCUGGUUUAAAAAAAAGAAAAGAAAAGACUUUUAAUACAAAUUGCAUUUUUUUUUAAAAGAAUCCAAGCUGUGUUUUCUCUUUGUUGAAAUCUUGUUUCAGCGUCUUUAUCAGCGUGGCUAACUGCCAGUUUGCUCAGCCUAAACAAUGUUAUCAUGAACAGGUGUCACUUGUUAAACACGAACUUUGUAUGUUUGCAUACAAAAACAGAGCUGGAUUGCUUCAAAUAUAAAGUUAUGUGUGGGUUUAAUUUGGAGUUAACCUGACUUAACCCACAAAACUCACAUUUUACUUAAGCGGUUUAUGAGGCGAGAUUGUGUAGUAGCCCAAAGGUCAGUAGGAAAUAGGAAGUUAAUAAGAAACUACAAUGCACAUUUAUUGUUGGAUUAACUCAGUGGGCACCUUAAAUUACCCCUGAGCAAGGCACCCAAUCCCCCCAUUGCUCCCCGGGCUCACAUAAGUGCUGCCCACUGCACCUGCGCCCGGCUUAUGUGUGUUCAUUACUGGUGUGUAAUAAAGAUUGGGUUAAAUGCAGAGGACAAAUGCAAAAUGUAAUUCUAAUAACUUUAAUUGCACAUGAAAACCAUUUUGGGGUCUCCUCUAAAAGUUUUUGAUUUAUCUCC